GUUAUCUAUAUUUCCAUACCACACCAUCUGCCAAGAACUUUUAUAAAGAGACAGUAUCUCGUGUAAAAAAUCUUCACAUAGCCGAUUGCUUGUAUGCCAACAAGUUGACAAUGGCUUGGGAUCUUGAG